UAAGAGAAAGCCUGAAAUUUCCAACGUGGGUUCUCCUCAAUUGGAGACCACAAGCUUUGUAAUCCAAUCCGUCUCUGGUGUCUCUUUCACUCUAUGAUUACGGGAACCGGAAGUAAUUGAGAGGAAUCGGUGAAGCCGCAGAGACCCCUGUUCGAAUCGCAAUCCCUCCUGGUGAUUAGCUUUUGUUUAACUUGGUUGGAUGCAAACCUCUUUGCCGUUUUAGUUCUGUUGCCCAAUUAUGACACUAACGUGAGAAGGUUUUUCUUGGAGGGUCGUACUCCAAGAAAUGGCGAGUUAUGAUCCUUCCACUAUGGACGAGCCAUCCAGUUCUGGACGAAAGAUCAUCCUUCACCCCUUCUAUGUCCCGAAUUCAUCGCCUUAGUUUGAUCUGAGGGUAUUUUAUGUGAGGGGAUAGGGUCGAUAAUAGAUCAGAGGAAGCCACAUUUGUGAGCACAGAUAGGGUCGAUAAGAGAUUGUCUGCUGCUUGCUGGUGUCCUGGAACUGUGUAACUCUAAUGGUUAUAGUGGGGAAAUGAAGAAACAGAACAAGAAAUGGAGCAUGAAUUGUCUAUCUGUAGUCUCAGCCAGUACGAGCUUUCUGAAAAAUAAGCAAAUUACGAGUGCAGAGAUGAAUUUGCCUACAUUUGAGAAGCAUCAGGUGAAGGUUAUGCUGGAUUCCAUGCCGGAGGAUGACACAACAGAAUGGAAGAAAGAAAUGGAUACUGAGGAUGCUUUGCAGUUAUCAGAAGAUCGAGGCCACAAACAAGAAACUGAUUUGGACAUUGACUAUGGCGACAUAUACAUGAGAGCUGAGUUUCUGGAAGAAGACUGUGAACUUUCAUGGUUCAAUGCUGGAGUGAGAGUAGGUGUGUGGAUUGGUCUUGGUAUUUGCCUUGGCAUUGGGAAUCAGUGUUGGUUUGUUGGUCUGCACCUAUCAAGCCACCACCUGAAACUUCAAGAGGCGGCUCAUCCGAUGCUGGGACGAAAACUUUCAUAGUUGCAGCAGUUAUCAGAAUCACAAUCACCUGUCUCUGUUUAGAACCCUUGUUUGAUGACGCAGGUAACAUGUUCUCCUCCAUGGUAUGCAUUCUGCUGUGAAUGUGUCCAGAGCAGGUUUUGGUUUCUCACAUUGAAUAGUCGUGGUGUUUUGCUUGAGAAUAGAGGUUUUUUCAGGCAUUUGAGAUUCUUAUGGCAGCAUAUGCAUUCUCCUUCAGCAUCAGCCCAUGAGACCACACCUCUGCACCACUAGGUAGGAAGUUAUAUUACAUUCUUGUACAGGUCAUUUCAAUUUUUUUAAGCCAUGUCCACCAUUAUUGCUAGGCAAUGGAUGCUUUGAAAAUAGUCAUUUCAUCAACUCUUGUAGCAGUAUCAUCCCUCAUUAGAACAAAGUCAAAAUGGACCAUGUAGCUUUGACUUAAACAAAUCCUACCAGGAUAUGAAUCUGAUGGGACUCGAUCAGGCGUGAUGUAGAGCAUAUUAAUUUUAUAUGGAUGAAACCAUUGCAUUUUGUCUGAUUUGUUCUCUAAUCCUUUUCUUGUUUCAUUUUUGUUAACUAUAUACAACUCUGAUUAUUUGAUAAAUAAGCAAAUCUAGUACACAUGGCCUCGAUCCAGGAUCUGAGGAAGAUCAUUAUAUACAAUCUACACUUCUAUGAAUAAAGAGAUUGUGUGAAUGGAUAUUAGGAACAAUGACAUAUCUGGGGGAUGUUAAUACAAACUUGUGUGCAGUUUGUCCACAAGUUCAAGUCUCUACUAAAGAUGAUUUUAUUGGGGCCUUCUUAAAAUAAUUAUGAAUACAAUGAAACUCUUUACGACCAUUAAGUAUAGCUUAUUCAAUUCAUCUACUGCUACAUUUCUGAUUGCUGGUGAUUCCUCGUAAAAUUGUUGCACUGAAUCACAUCUAAAAGCUUUGCAGCUUACAGUGAACUAGCUCUCCAAAAAUGAGCUAAUUGAUAUCAGGAGAACAGCUCUUUCUGAAUAGCCAAGCACUUGUUGGAAAGUGAUGAUAGUCUUGAGUAUCCUUUUUGUUCCUCUUAUGUCAGAAUUAUUAUCCAGUGUUGAGCAGUUUUAGUUCUGUAGCUGUAAUGAGAUGUGACAGCUAUUCCAAUAUGUUUCUUUGGUUGAUGCUUUUCUAUC